AUGGAGAAAUGUGAUAGAACAGCAGCAAAUUCAAUUGAAGUAAUAAUUGAUUUCACACGACCGGAUGGUCAACGUACUCGACCGCUUCUGGUAGAUGGCAAACGGUUAUAUGUGGAUGAACAUUAUAUUUCUGUAUGGUCACCCGUUUUACGAGCCUGGUGUAUUGAAUGUCCUGAUCGUGAGCUUAUACUGGCAAAUGUGCAAUACGAUCAUGUUCUCGAAAUGCUUCAUUGUAUACAUCCAACUUAUAAGGAAGUUGAUGAUCAAUCUAUGGAUGGACUUUUGCAUCGUUGCGAAUGCUUCCUUGUACAACAUAAAUUGCCUUUCUUGGAAAAAGUAUGGCUAGCAGACAGAUACAAAUUAAAUCGGUUAUUGGUAUUAUGUUUGCGAGAGAUGAGGCCCAAUUCAAAAAUUGAUCUUACGGGUAGCCGUUAUUACGGUUUAAGUGAUCGUGUCAAAGUAUUGUUACUAGAAAGGUUACAUGGCUCUCCAGCACCUGAGGAAAUGUUGGAACAGCCUAGUGACUUGGAACAGUUCCAUCGUCUCACAGAGUUAAAUUUUGCAAUGAUUCGUACUAAAACCGGUCGUGGUUAUUACGUCAAUCCAUAUUACAUUGCUGCAUGGUCGAACGUUUUCUUGGAACGUAUAUCAUCGAUAAAAAGUAUGGAUGAAAUAUUUUGUCCGUGUACGCAUGAAGAAUUAAAAGCUUUUCUGAUGGCAGUUUAUCCACCGCAGCUUAGGAUAACGGAAGCUAAUAUAGGACCAGUACUGAUAGCAGCAUGUAAGAUGGAAUCAUCGGGCUUAUUGAGGAAGUGCGCAAUGUUGCUUCUUGCACCUCAUACUCAGUUAUCAGUCUUUGUAAGAUUAUCAUUAUUGGAUCGAUGUUUCCUUCAUCAUUUACUUGAUCCUUGCCUUCAAAUGCUUCAUCGGCCAGAACAUUUACUUGAAAUGACUCAACAACAAACUUACGAAUGCCUAUCAGUUCGAGCUCGUGCUGCAAUGUUGGAUCGUUUGACAGUAUUGCUAAAGAAUCCAGGAAUGAGAUCACAUACCUGUCAAAGGUGUAAACAAUUGAGCGGAUGUGCGCAGGUAACAUGGAUGUGCCCUCAUUGCAAUACAUAUUCCACUGAUGCAUCGUUGCCUAAGAAAUCAACAACAGGUGGGAUUCCCGGUAGUAAUUCUAACAUCAAAAGGUGA